ACUCGAAAUUGCAUAUUCGAUUUUUAACUUGACGGUCGUGGUGAUGCCCUUGUGUUUGGACUGGCAAUGCUAUAACACAUUUGGUGUGUUGAGUUUCUCACCUGUGAUACUAUAUGUGAACCCUAGGGCUCUAAGCUGGGGUCUGUACCCAGCUGCCUGCAGUCGGGCUCUUCGCGGCCCCAGACACCGGCCGUCACCUCUAUCAACAACAACAACAACACCAUGGCGGGCGUGACUCCUUCGAGCGACACCAUCCGAGCGCCGGAGUCGACGCUCGAGAUCUUCCGUGAGAGUUUGGCAGGCGAAAAGGAGUUUGGACGCACCGUGCCACACGUGUUUGUCAUCCUCGGCGCAUCGGGCGACCUGGCCAAGAAGAAGAUCUACCCGACCAUCUGGUGGCUGUACCGCGACAAGCUGCUGCCAGAGAACACGGUCGUCAUCGGCUACGCCCGCUCCAAGCUGCAGGUCAAGGAGAUCCGCGACAAGUGCCACCAGUACAUGAAGGUGCGUCCCGAUGACGAGGAGCGUUACGAGGCGUUCUGGAAGGUGAACCAGUACGUGGCCGGGGGCUAUGACGACCCGGCGGCGUUCGCCGGCCUGGACUCGGCCAUCUCCGCCCUGGAGACGGGCCCCGCCGCCAACCGGCUCUUCUAUCUGGCCCUGCCGCCGUCCGUCUUCCAGCCCGUCACAUCCAACAUCAAGGCCAAGUGUAUGGGCAAAAAGGGCUGGACGCGGGUGAUCGUGGAGAAGCCGUUCGGCCGCGACGCGGCCAGCUCUGCCGAGCUCUCCAAUCACCUGGCCUCGCUGUUCAAGGAGGAGGAGAUCUACCGGAUCGAUCACUACCUCGGCAAGGAGAUGGUGCAGAACCUGAUGACGCUCAGGUUUGGUAACGUCAUCUUCGGUCCCACGUGGAACCGCAACCACAUCUCGUGCGUCAACAUCAGCUUCAAGGAGCCGUUCGGCACGCAGGGCCGCGGCGGCUACUUCGACGAGUUCGGCAUCAUCAGGGACGUUAUGCAGAACCACUUGUUGCAAAUCCUCUGUCUGGCAGCCAUGGAGAAGCCCUGCUCCUCCAAUGCCGACGAUAUUCGUGACGAGAAGGUGAAGGUGCUCAAGUGCACCCGGGAGCUGGAGAUGAAGGACGUCGUGCUGGGACAGUACGUCGGAGACCCGCAGGGCGAGGGCGACGCCAAGCUGGGCUACCUGGACGACCCCACCGUGCCCAAGGGCUCCGUGACCCCGACGUUCGCGGCGGCGGCGCUGCACAUUGACAACGAGCGCUGGGAGGGAGUGCCGUUCAUCCUGAGAUGCGGAAAAGCGCUGAACGAGCGUAAGGCGGAGGUUCGCAUCCAGUACCGGGACGUGCCGGGUGACAUCUUCCGCGGCCAGUGUCAGCGCAACGAGCUGGUGAUGCGCGUCCAGCCCGGCGAGGCCGUCUACAUCAAGAUGAUGACCAAGAAGCCCGGCAUGACGUUCGACAUGGAGGAAACCGAGCUGGACCUCACCUACGGCGCCAGAUACAAGAACGUGAAGCUGCCGGACGCCUACGAGCGUCUGAUCCUGGACGUGUUCUGCGGCUCCCAGAUGCACUUUGUGCGCUCUGACGAGCUGGCAGAGGCGUGGCGCAUCUUCACGCCCCUGCUGCACAAGAUUGAGAACGAGAAGCCGGCGCCCGUUCAGUACAAAUAUGGCUCUCGGGGACCAAAGGAGGCGGACGACCUCAGCGCACGGAUGGGCUUCAAGUACACGGGCACCUACCAGUGGAAGGGUGACAAGGCCAACCUGUGAGCGGCACAGGCCCAGGGGACGCCGCUAUGUGAACCCGACCGACUUGUGAUACGAGCUGGUGGAAAUGGGCCGCUUUUCUGAGCGAUCGUUUUUAUCCUCAGGGCGGUUGUCACUGUGCACUUCUCCCAUGACAUCAGCGCUGGUCCGAGACGAAUUAUAGGUAACGGCGAUCAUGCACAAACCGAAACCGAAAGCAUUCCAAACCAGCCGCGGUCUAACAGUGUUUAUUGUCCGGUUUAGACCAUUCCAAUUGGCGGGGAGGGAAGGCAGAUAUCGCCGAGCUCUUCCUGUAUUGACCACGGCUAGGCCCGUCCUCAGCGUUCAACUAUACAUUGUCAGUGGGUUGUGAAGUUGUCAUUGGCAAACAGUGCGCGUCUCGUAGUCAUUGCAUGUUGUUUAAUGAUCUGGUCACGCUGUUGCACUCAGUUGUCAUGUGACAGAGAGGUCAUGGAUAAUCAUAGCUGUGGCGUUGAUUCGUGCGUGGCGGCCUGUCUUGGUGGCUGCCUGUCCCUUCUGUGGUCUUUUCCACUAGCUUUGUUUACGUCGUAUAUUGAUGUUUGUAGCGAACAUUCCAGAAAUAUGGUUUUUGCCAAAUAUAUCUAUCAACACUUA